AUGUUAAUAAAAUUAUGUUAUUUAAUUUUAAUAUUAAAUAAUAAUUUAGUUGUUGCUCCUGAAACUAAAAACAAUGUUAAUAUUGCCAUUAUUGGUGCAGGGAUGUCUGGAAUGGCAGCAGGUGGAAAAUUAAUUGAAUUAGGUUAUAAUAAUAUUACAAUAUUUGAAGCUUCAACAAGAUUUGGUGGUAGAAUUAUGUCUAUACCAUAUAAAGAUGGUUUCUUACAAAUGGGAGCACAAUUUAUUAAUGGUGAUAAAAAUCCUAUUUAUGAUAUUGGUAAAUAUUUAAAUGUAAUUGAAGAUGAAUAUGCUGACUUGGGACAUUUUAAUGAGGCAAGAUAUUUUUUUGGUAAUUGUACUGUAGAAAAAAAAGAUAUUCAAAUAUUUAAAGAAUUUAUUGCUCCAUUAGAUAAUAAAUAUAGAAGUAUUGCUGAUAAAGAUGAAGAAGCUUCUAGAAUUCAUACUCCUGAAUCUAUUUAUAAAAUUGAUUAUAGAAGAUUUUUAAAAAAAAUUAAGGCUACUGAUAAACAAAAAAAUAUUUAUGAUGCAAUGUCACGCUCUUUUAGAUCAUACUGGGAAUUUGAGUGGGCAUCUAAAUGGAGUGAUCAAUCAUUAAGAAAUCUUGCUGAAUGGAAUGAUUUGGGUGAUAUAGGUGUUUCAUACUCUACAAAUAAAUAUGGUUACAAAGCAAUUGUUGAUUAUAUUAAAAAACGUGUACCAAAAGAAAAAUAUAAAUUUGGUAUUCGUAUAAAUAAAAUUCGUUACGAUAAUACUGGUGUCUAUUUAUCUGUAAAUGGUGAAGAAAUAAAUGAAAAAUUUGACCAUGUUAUAGUAACUUCUGCAUUAGGACAUUUAAAAAUUUAUCAUAAAAUGUUAUUUGAACCACAAUUACCAAAAUAUAAACAAAAGAUAAUUGAAACUGUUGGUUUUGGUAGUAGUCAAAAAAUAUUUUUUAUUUAUAGUAAACCUUUUUGGAAACCUCAACAUGUUUCAAUAUCUCCUUUACCAAUUAAAAAUUGUAAUCGUAAGGGUGAUAUUGAUGAAAUUGAAAGUGAAUUAAUUACAUUUCAAGUUGUUAAUUGGUCACCAAAUGUAUUGACAGCAUGGAUUGCUGGAGAUGGCCCAUUAAAAAUGGAUGAAUUAAAUGAUAUGGAACUAAGUGAGAAAGUUACAAAAUUAUUUCGUGAUAUGUUUUUAAAUGAAACUAUUCCAUUUCCAGAAAAAAUAAUUAGAACAAAAUGGCAUAAAAACGAUCUUUAUAAUGGGUCUUAUUCAUAUGUAAGUAAAGAACAAGCUCGUUUGAAAAUUAAACAUUGGGAAUUAUCAAUGCCUGUAAAAAUAAAUGGAAAUCCAAGAGUAUUAUUUGCAGGUGAAGCUACACAUCAUCGUAUAUUUGAAACAGCUAUUGGAGCUUAUCUUUCAGGAAGAAGAGAAGCAGAAAGAAUUCAUUUUUAUCAUACUAAUUGA